UUUCCCACUCAAAAACGUAAUCCCCACCUGAAUUCACAAUGAAUUUGGCCCUAAAUAGGAGUGUCCAGAAGGGUGGAUGUCAAAUUCUUGGCCUCAACAGGUACGGCAUACAGCAGUGGCUGAAGACAAUCGACACGAUCAUAUUCGAUGGAGAUGGUGUCCUGUGGAGCCACAAUAAGGUCCUUGAUAAUGCAGCAGAGACCUUCAACGCACUGCGUGCCAUGGGUAAGAAGGCCUUUAUUUGCACCAAUAAUUCAGUGACUUCGGUGGAGGGAAUCUGCAAAUAUGCUCAGGAAAUGAGUUUUUUGGUGGCCAAGGAUGAGAUACUUUCCUCCGGCCAGGCUUUAGCAAAAUUUAUGAAGGAGAAAAAGUUUAACAAAAAGUGCUAUGUAGUGGGCGGCCAAGGGAUCGUCGACGAACUGAAGUUGGUGGGCAUCGAUUCCCUGCCCCUGGAUCAUUCCUCGCUGCAGGGCUUUUCUAUGCCAGAUCACAUCCACAGUAUCUACUUGGAUCCCAAUGUGGGUGCUGUGGUGGUCGGAACUGACAAGGAUUUUAAUACGAUCAAGCUGACGAAGGCGUGUUGCUAUCUGAAGAGUCGUGAGGUAAUGUUUGUGGCCACAAAUCGCGAUGCGGCACUGCCGGCGGCUCCAGGACGAUUGGUGCCCUCUGCCGGAGUGAUGGUGGCUGCCAUUCAGGCGGCCAGCCAACGGAUGCCCUUCAUCUGUGGAAAACCCAAUCCGUAUAUGUGCAUCGACUUAAUGCAAAAAGGAGUUAUUCAGCCGGAGAGGACUUUGAUUAUAGGAGACACCAUGAGUACGGAUAUCCUUUUGGGCUACAAGUGUGGUUUUCAAACUCUGUUGGUGGGCACCGGGGUAAACAGUUAUCAGGAUGCCAUGGAGGCCCAGUCAUCUAAGGCUCCAUUACUUUAUCAGCAAAUUCCGGAUUUUUAUGUGCCAAAACUAGCGAAUCUAUUGCCCUUUUUAUCUUCGCGAAAUAGAUAGGUUGUGAUUUAUAGUGGCAUCUCUUAUUGGAUUAUCAAUAAAAUCAAUAGCUGGGUC